CCCAUGGAGAUUACAGGCUGGGUAGUAUUUGCAGCCUUUGUCCUUGGCCUGCUGACAGUAACUGGUGAGGGUGUUUAUCUUUCCUCUUCCCCAAACCCUGUUGGACCACUCCCCUGGAGAGACUCCUCUUCCUCAGUCAGGAUGCAGAAGCCCCUCCCGAGGCUGGGCAGGCACAGGGUCAGAGGCUCCAGUCCUUUGAGAAAAGAGCAGCCCAGGGUGGGGCCUGAGAUUGCAGGACAGUGUUCAGCCUUUCUUCACUUCCCUUUCUGGUGCCCUUGGCUGUUCAGCUGGAUCUCCUGUGUGGCUCCUUGUGUCUUUUUUGCCUUUUAGCAUGGCCCUACGUAGGUAGAUGACUUUCUUGGCAUGGUAGUUGCCAGACCAUCCCUGUGUCUGGAAUGUAUCCUGUCGGGCAUCAUGUCCGUGAACGGCAAGAAAGUGCUGCAUAUGGACCGGAACCCCUACUAUGGGGGUGAGAGCUCCUCCAUCACACCCCUGGAGGAGCUGUAUAAGCGUUUUCAAUUGCUGGAGGGGCCCCCUGAGGCGAUGGGCAGGGGACGAGACUGGAACGUUGACCUGAUCCCCAAAUUCCUCAUGGCCAAUGGGCAGCUGGUAAAGAUGCUGCUGUAUACAGAGGUGACGCGCUACCUGGACUUCAAGGUGGUGGAGGGCAGCUUUGUCUACAAGGGGGGAAAGAUCUAUAAAGUGCCAUCCACCGAGACUGAAGCCUUGGCUUCCAAUCUGAUGGGCAUGUUUGAGAAACGGCGUUUCCGCAAGUUCCUGGUGUUUGUGGCAAACUUUGAUGAAAAUGACCCCAAGACCUUCGAGGGUGUUGACCCCCAGAGCACCAGCAUGCGUGACGUCUACCGGAAGUUUGACUUGGGCCAGGAUGUCAUCGACUUCACUGGCCAUGCCCUGGCCCUCUACCGCACUGAUGACUACCUGGACCAGCCCUGUCUUGAGACCAUCAACCGCAUCAAAUUGUACAGUGAGUCCCUGGCUCGGUACGGAAAGAGUCCUUAUUUAUACCCACUUUACGGCCUUGGUGAGCUGCCCCAGGGCUUUGCAAGAUUGAGUGCCAUCUAUGGAGGGACAUACAUGCUGAACAAACCUGUGGAUGACAUCAUCAUGGAGAAUGGCAAGGUGGUGGGUGUGAAGUCUGAGGGAGAGGUGGCCCGCUGCAAGCAGCUGAUCUGUGACCCCAGCUACAUUCCAGACCGAGUGCGGAAGGCCGGCCAGGUUAUCCGCAUCAUCUGUAUCCUCAGCCACCCCAUCAAGAACACCAAUGAUGCCAACUCCUGCCAAAUCAUCAUCCCCCAGAACCAAGUUAACAGGAAGUCAGACAUCUACGUGUGCAUGAUCUCCUACGCACACAACGUGGCUGCACAGGGCAAGUACAUCGCCAUCGCCAGCACCACGGUGGAGACUACAGAGCCGGAAAAGGAAGUUGAACCUGCCCUGGAGCUGCUGGAGCCCAUUGACCAGAAGUUUGUGGCCAUCAGUGACUUAUAUGAGCCCAUUGACGAUGGUUCCGAGAGCCAGGUGUUCUGUUCCUGCUCCUAUGAUGCCACCACACACUUCGAGACAACCUGCAAUGACAUCAAAGACAUCUACAAGCGCAUGGCAGGCUCCGCUUUUGAUUUUGAGAACAUGAAGCGCAAACAGAAUGACGUCUUUGGAGAAGCUGACCAGUGAUUGACAACCCCCCUCCCCGCACACACCCCAGCCCUUGGUGCCCUCUCCCCUGACCUAAGUCUGUUCUCCUUGAGGGCUGGGGAGAUGGGUGUGGCUGGGCACCCCGGUUUCCAGCAUUCUCUGCUUCCCCCACCACAUUCUACAUUCCUGUCACCCACCUCAUUGAUUCACUGACCAAAUCCUUAACCUUAGCGAUGGUCUGGGAGACGGGGGGUUGGAUAGUAUCCUCUUUCUUGGCCCUUCCUUAUUCUGGGAAAAGAGGGUUCAUUUCCUUGUGUGUCUCUCCCCCCUCCACUCCUAAUUCUUCUACUCUGUUUGGGAAGAACGUGGAGGAAAAGCUGACUUCUGUCCCCACUGCUCUUACCCCCACUGUAGUGGCCUUUGGAGAUGCCCCCUGCCUCCCCCCACCAACUCUCUUGUGUGUUGGAGAGAAGGGGCCCUCCCAGCACAAAGUUGCAUUCCUCCCCCCCCUCGUUAAUUUAUUCUAAUUUAUUAACUUUGGCCCACCCGAUCUGAGAAGGGAGCACUGUGCCUCUCACCCGCAGCCUUCUGGUGCGGCCUGGGAGGGGAGAGGGCUUGGGUGCGGCCCAGUUGGAGGUUGAUCUUGCUGUUUUUGUUUCUUGUUCUUGUGUUUGUGUUCUCUGGCAUUUGCUGAGAGAGAAAAAAAAAAUGUGAGCAAAGCAGAAGGAGGUGGGAAAAUGGAUCCAAACCCCAGUAUGCCCUGCCCCACCCCACAACCUUUCCCUUAGUGGUGGGAAACCCUUACCUUGCAAAGUGAAUGUGUCCCCUUCCCCAACCUCUAGUGUAUUUCACAGAAAACCUCCCAAUAAAACUGUGUUGAAACCUGG